GCCUCGUCUGUAACAGCAGCAAGACAGGAAGAGGUGUCAAAUCUACCCGGUGUGGUGCCUCCCUGCCCUGCCCUGGCAGUGGGUUAUUUCCUUGGGCUCUGUGCUCAGCUCUGGGCCUUUCACUUCUGGAAUCGCCAGCCUUUGCUGAUCUGAAUUGCUCUAAAAUGCUGCCUUUUUGAGUGCUGGCUCUCUAGUGAUAACUGCCUCCGUUUUCUCUCCUGGGUGUUACAGCAGCUGUAGCCAAGAUCCUCUCUGAGCGCAAUAAGGCAAGGUGCUUCUCUGGAGCAUGGAGGGGCUACGAGCGAGACUGGGGCACCUUUCUGCAGCUUGGUUGAGCAUUCGUGUCUACAGUGAAGACUUUCUGCUGCCAAAGGUUCACAGGACCAUGUUAGAUCUAUGGUCAGUUUACUCCAAGCCUGUCCCAGCAAACGCCAGAGAGCUGUGGGCCUUAUUUCUACAGUGUUUCUGCAUUACAGUGGUGAUAGGAGGCCUCUUUUACAACUGGAUGUUUGCUUCUCUGGAGUAUUCACAGCAUCUCUCUGCUGCAAUUGCUGUUUCCUUCAGUCUGCUCCUUCUACUGACCCUUUUCUUGGUGCAUCCUGCCCGUUGUGUCUUCAGUAUCAUCAUGCCUACUUUAGGCACAAAACAAGGUCGGAAGCUUCUCUUGUCUACCUGCAUCAUGAUUGUGGCAGUUAACAUAACACCGAACAUCAUAAGUAACAUUAAAACCAUACUGCAGGUUAUUGAAUGCAUCUGCAAAAAUUCCUCGGAGAGCCUUUUGAACUCAACUGCUCUCUUAGGGGAAGCCUCCUGGGAGUUUGGAGAUGUAAUCCAAACAGUUGUUGAUGACACUAAUGCUUGGAGGCCUAUGAAUGGACAUUUUAAAUUUGCACUACUUAAUAACAGCACCUUAGUUAAUCAUCAAAUGUAUCUUGCUGGUGAGAAAAUUAGGAACAACUUUUUGGUGGUUGAAACACUGGUAAAAGAUUCAGUACGAGCAGGCAACAGACUAGUCGCUGGCUUCUCCGUGCUGUAUCUCUGUUUUGAGUCCACCUUGUAUUUGAAAAAUUAUCUCACCAACCUCCGCUUUGACAAUUUUUACAUCACCAAGAAACUGGAGCGUUUAUCUGUGGACAGAAAAGCGGCUCAUCUGCUGACAGGCUCAUCCAAAAAUCUCCUUCGGCCAACAGGUCUGAAGUUGUCCCGGGAAGAAGUGAUGCUCUGCCUUGCACAAAUGAUGUUCCUUACUGUGGUCUUGAUGCUGAUGCUGGUCAUCAUAGCAACGGACCGCUUUGCGUUCAGCAUGGCAGACACUGCAGUGAGAAAGGUGGCUCAGUUCUCAGUGGUGCCCGUGACUCUCAGCAUCAAGUACAGUGCAAAAAUAAGGACCCUACCCUUCCUCUGGAAACUUUUCCAGAUUUCUUACAGAGAACCAUCAAUUCAGGACUUUGAAAAAAGUUACCAUCAUUAUCUGAGCUUCAGCUCUGCCCAUUGCAGGAUCAACCCACCAAGGCAUCCCAAUAACUCUGUGGUGCUUGUUGUUGGGCUGCUCUACUGCAUCAUCUACGCCACGGUGUUUCUGGAAACCUAUGCCCACCGCUCAUGCAGAAAAAUCGCAGCCUCCUUCUUCGAGAGCCAAGAGGAGAAGCGAGCACACUACCUCUACAACAAGCUGUGCAGGAAGUAUGAGGAGGAGAAAAACUCCAUGAGAAACUAAGAGUGGUUUUAGAAAUCCAAGGAUUGCCUGGGGCCUCUGGGCACUAGCUGGGCACAGGCUUCUGGAGUGGGAUCAGACAGCUGCCUUCUCUUGGACAGUUUGUUUUCCAGAGUCGGAGAAAUGCUCGGGAUCUGGCAAAAAUAUUUGCCAAAAAAGCUGAAAUAUUACAUUUGAUAUUCAUUUGUUAAAAACAGGCUAUAGAUACUUUUUUAAAUCUUCAGGGUCUGGAGUCAGCUGUGCCAGGAAUGGUGGGGAAGGGAGUAGAGAAAACUCCUAUGAUUUGGAGGACAGUCACAGCAUUAGGCAAUGCUAGAAGGGAAAUAUGUGGGAUUUGGGGUGGGGAAACAGUCCAUUUGCCUUCCCGAUCACAUCCAUGCCUGAGGAAGUACACACUUCCCUUUCGCUCUCAAGUUAUCCCUUCGGGCAGCAGGAGGGAAAACUCACUGGAGUUUUUUAAUUUUCAGGGAGUUUUCCUUUCAGGUUUCAUGCACAGAAAUCUGAAUAGACUAGAUGAUUCUUAGUCCUUAGUAGAUAGUUGAUCCACCGAAGAGUGCAGCUUCAGCCCACUGAAAGAAAUUCAAGACCAGUAUGAACACUAGGUGCAGAUCCUGGGCAUGGCUUUCCUCGUGCUGGAAACCAGUACAUAAGGACUUUCUGAAAUUACUUCUCAGGGACCCUCCAAAAUGAAAUAUAAAUAAAAUUGUUGAAGGACAUAAGCAGAAAAUAAGACCAGCAAACAAAGGUUAAUUUAGGCCAAAAUCCCGAAGCACUUUAAAACUGGCAGACUGAAACCUGGCAUGUGAGUCAGUGCUCUGCGGGGAGCAGAGAAGUAGCAGGACUUGGAUGCCUGGACUCUUCCAAACAAAUAGCUGUUUUUACAUGUUGUGUUGUCUCAAACCAUGGUAAUGUAUCUAAUACACAGAAAUCCAUCACUGGAGCUACAUUUGAAGCCUCUCUUUUGAAAGAGGGGCAGAUCAGGCCCUUCUGUAAAGGCAAGAGACAGGAAGAAAGGGAGCUAAAUCAGUGCCAAGUUAAAAACAAAGCAUUUUCACAGCUUCAUUUAUUCAAAGUGUGUCUAUUCUUUUCCUCUCUUCUCCCAUUAGAGUCUUCAUUAAGGUAAUUAUUUGACAUAAUGCACCUCAAUGAAAUUAAGUUGCAGAAGUGAAGUGGCAGCUUCAGCCAGAUGCAUCAUAUUCUCUCAGCUUUGGAGAUGCUUGAAAAAAGUAGGUCUGGAUUUUCUUUUUUCUUUUUUUAUUUAGUAUCUAUCUAACAAAACCCUGGUGUAUUCUUCUCCCCAGGUUUCCUAUUUCCCUACUGUUAUGAUGGUUAAUCCAAGCACCUUUCUGCCUCUGCAGCAACUAGGGUCUUUUGUCAUUAGGUGUGUUUUGUGUUCCUCUGUUUUGGGAAAGCAAAAAGAUUUUCAUGUGCCUUUUGAAUAGCGAAAAUUAUCUGGAGCCAGGGACUGAAACAGCUGUGAGUAGAACACAGGAGUCCUUUCAGCCUGGAAACCAUCCCAGCAGUGCAUUGCCUUCCCAUAAGCACAUUUCUUUAAAAGAUUUUUGCUCAAAAAAAAAAAAAUCUUCUCAGGAAGAGAUGCACAUUAAUCUUUCAUCAUCCUCUAAGAAGAAAAAAAUCAUUAUUUGCUUGGUCAGAAGCAUCUGGGGACCCCUCCGCCCAGCUUCCAAUUCUUCUCCCUACCUAUCAGCCCAUGGAAAAGAAAACUCAGAUGAGACAGGUCAAAGACUGGAGUGGGAAUAGUCAGGAAGGCUGUUUGGAAAGAGAGAGCAGGGUGUCUGGCAGAGCAAAGAUAGUUUCUCUGCAGACUGCAGGUGUUUGUGCUGCGAGAGGCAAUGAGAAGCAUCAGGGAAGUUGCCUUGAUCAAAGUCAAGUGCCUUUGCUGAAACUGCAACAAGCUACAUCUUCCCAUCAAACAGGAAACCAGAAAAAUAAAUAACAGCCCAUUUGAAAAGAUUCUUCUGAACCCAGCCUCGGCUGAGCAUUGAUGAUCCAGGGAUGGCUUAUCUGAGCAAGGAUAAUUACAUGAGCAAGAACAUCCUGGAAGUUUUACUUGACAGAGAUGGCAGGACCCAGCCAGAAGGAGGGAUGCACUGAAACAUUUGAUUUUGGGUUAGCUUCUGCCUCCUUGAACCAUUAGCAAAUGCCCUUUCCCUUUCUCUGAUUGAGAUACUUAGACCCAGCACGAGGAUGGAGAGGACUUGGGUUUGCAUGGAGGAGUGGAUACAGCCGAGGAGAAGGACUAACUGGACUAAGCACCACGCUGAGCCUCCCACUGCAUCCUCCUGAUGGGUGCUGGCCAUCUCCCACUCAGGACAGCUGUACGAUAUGUGAGGCAGCUCCUGAAACACAUUCUUCCAGCCUAAAACUGACCCCAGUUUGGAGCUGUUCUCCCUCUCUCCUCUAGAGUUUACGUCAGCUGCCACAGAAUUUUACCCAAUAAUCCUAAGAACUUUGAGCUUCUAGACUGGAGUAUUCACCAUCAGCUAAGCCUCGAUUAGGGCAAUUAUAUCUGCUUGAAAGGAUAAUAAUCAGUGUGAGGUACUGUCGCUCUGCCUGUGCCCCCAGUGACAGCCUUCACAAAUCCGUCAGGAAGAAGACAUGUGCUCUCAUUUCCAUUUUACAGGGGAAUUUGAGAUCCGGAAAGACUAAGAACAAGGUUUGAUGAAGUGCUUUGCAUAUCACACCAAUUCCAGUGAUUUCAGCAACAGCUACCUGUGUGCAGCAGAGCUCCUUUUGCCUGGCUGCAUCUAGAGGUCAGCUCACCUGCUCCGUUUUGGACAUCUGCCCUUGGGGAGUGAUGCCAUGGCUCUCCUCUGCCUGGUUACCUUCAUGCAAAGCUUUUUAGCUCUAACAGCCAUGUGGAAACCAGCAAGGGAAGAAUCUGGGUUUAAAAGGUGAAAGUCUAGUGAGCCAGGAGCUCUGGUGAGGAGGUGAGGGUAGGGCGGUAGAUGAACGACUGGCUUUUGUCCAAGAGAUGCUGGGUUUUGUUAAUCAGAGAGGACAGCAAGAAGUUUGUGAAGUGCUACAUGUGCAGCGCUGUGAAGUUUCAUGUCAUUAGUGUCAGAAGGGGUUUUCAUAUAGGAAGGAAAAUAUCGCUUUGAUGCUAAUCACUGAUUUUUUGGGAGUGAAUUUGUAUUGAUGUUAAAGUAUUCAGUAUGUGUAUAUUCAAGGCUAA